GAGUAUGUGUGGGUACCUCUGGCAUCUCUGGUUUCGUAUUCGGUGUUAAAUUACCCAGUGGGAGCUUUAAUAGAGCUAGAGACACUCUUGAUUGUGAGUCUGGAUAAGGGAGAGUGAAGGGAGUGAAGGGGAGCAGAGCGGAGCUGCCAGGCAGGAUUAGAGAGGACACAAUAACUUCUGCAGAGCGGGGACAUGGAUUACACAGAGGUCUGAACCCAAAAAGUAGUGUACAGCUGCCUGAAUGAUAACCAGGAGGAGGGAGCCCCUGCCAGGAUCUUCAGCGUGGCACCAGCUGUGGUGUCUCCUCUGUCUACAAAACAAGGUUGAUAGACAGAGCUGUGGCUAGUGACAAGACAGGCAAUGGAGGUACCACUUGUUAAUUUUGAAAACAUGGAUGAUGUUGGCAUCAACCUGGGAGACCCAAGCGAUUCUGGGUACCCAACCUCACCCACAUCAGAGGCCGCUGAUCAGAACCUUUUAACCCAGCGUUUGACUUCUCCUCAACAGUUACCACACAGAGGACGACACAGCCAUCACUCUGGUGCAGAGGGGCUCUCACCUUCCACUCCUCUUACACUGACCACUAAAGCCAACUCCAGCAGUGGCAGUUUGAUCUCUAAUCUAAAGCUCCUGAUCAACAGUGAGUCUCCCACCGACAGUGUCUUCAGUAAGAUGCCGAGGGAUUAUUACGAGAGUGAAGAUUUGUUUGAAAAGCACUGCAUGGAAGAAAAGGAUGAGAAAGUUGUCAUCAAUAUUUCAGGACUGAUGUUUGAGACCCAGCUCAGCACCCUGAAUAAGUUUCCAGAGACACUGCUUGGAGACCCUAUGAAGAGGAUAAGCUAUUUUGACCCAAUGAGAAACGAGUACUUUUUUGACAGAAACCGCCCAUCUUUUGAUGGGAUUCUCUACUACUAUCAGUCGGGAGGGAGAAUCCGCAGACCAGCCAAUGUACCUUUAGAUGUAUUUGCUAAUGAAAUUGUUUUCUAUGAAUUGGGUCAUGAAGCGAUGGAGCAGUUCCGUGAAGAUGAAGGUUUUAUCAAAGAGCCAGAAGUUCUUUUGCCCACCAAUGAACUCCAGCGACAAUUUUGGCUACUGUUUGAAUACCCAGAGAGCUCCAGUGCGGCCAAAUCUGUUGCUCUGGUUUCUGUCCUUGUUAUUGUCAUCUCUAUCUUCAUAUUCUGCCUAGAGACUCUGCCAGAGUUCAGGGAGGACAAUGACUUUAUUCCAGGUGUAACCCAAUUCAUCAAUGGCACCCGAGAAGAUGCUAACCUUCAUCAGACCACUAAAAACCUGCUGGCAUAUUUCACUGACCCCUUUUUCAUAGUGGAGACUAUUUGCAUAAUUUGGUUCUGCUUUGAACUCGGUGUCCGCUUCGUGGUGUGCCCCAGCAAAAGUGAUUUCUUCAAUAACAUCAUGAAUAUCAUCGACAUCGUCUCUAUUAUUCCUUACUUUGUAACCCUGGGAACAGAGCUGGCUACAACACCUGAUGACGAUAUGAACUCUAGUCAGAACAUGUCUUUAGCGAUCCUAAGAAUCAUCCGACUAGUGAGAGUCUUCAGAAUUUUUAAGCUCUCCCGACACUCAAAGGGACUUCAGAUUUUGGGCCAGACUCUGAAAGCCAGCAUGAGGGAACUGGGCCUGCUAAUCUUCUUCCUAUUUAUAGGAGUCAUCCUAUUCUCAAGUGCCAUCUACUUUGCAGAAGUGGAUGAGCCCCAGACACAAUUUGUUAGCAUCCCUGAUGGCUUCUGGUGGGCUGUGGUGACGAUGACCACUGUGGGUUACGGCGACAUGUGCCCCAUCACCAUGGGAGGCAAAAUGGUCGGCACUCUCUGUGCCAUUGCUGGUGUCUUGACCAUUGCCCUGCCUGUCCCUGUCAUCGUGUCCAACUUUAACUAUUUUUACCACCGUGAGACUGAGCAGGAGGAGAAACAGGUGAUGGAUGCAGCAGCAGAGGCUGCCCAGAAAAUGUCAGCUGCAAAUAAGUGUGGAAGCACACUUUCACUAAACAAAAGUAACAGCACCUGGCAGAAUGAAAAGAAUGGCAUGCACUGAUAAAGAAACUCAAGUAUUUAUUUAUAUAAAGGGCAUAAAAAACAAAUGGACAAAACAAACAUAUCCAUUAAUAAGAUACACUGAAUAAUCAGUGUAUC